AUGUACUAUGAAAGGCGGGAUCCAGACUUGGAUGUCAUGCAAAUGGAAGAAGGACUUGAGUAUUCAGUGAGGGAUUCUGCCUACGAUUUUAAUCGCGUAGAGGAAAGAAACACUGUUCGGUUAGUUAUGCUGUCUACAUACUGUAGGCGACAGAUUGAAUACUACGUACGGCCAAUAUCGUUUGAAAUUGUAUUUCUCGAAAUGAUGAAAUUUAAACCACGAAGGACCUUGAAGCUAUGGAGGAAAAUGCACAUCGGGGUUAAUCUGGUGAAAGAAGAUGAGCCAAAUCGAAAACAACGGGUGUGCAGCGUCGUCCGACCUCAGAUUCAUCGACUUUCCUGA